CCUCCGCCCCGCCCCUCCGCCCCGCCCUGCCCGGCCGGUGCCUGUUGCCGCCUGUGCCGGCGGCGGGCGGUCCCCCAUGGCGGCGCCGAGGCGGUGACUGGCGGAUGGUUUGCGGGUGAUACGUGUGCAAGUGCCUCAAGUUUCUCCUACAAGAUGUGUUCCACAAAUCCAGCAAAUUGGGUCACCUUUGAUGAUGAGCCACUCUUCCAGUCACCUCAGAAAUCAGUUGAUAAUCAGAGUAGUUGUAAAGCAAACGGCCUUAAAUUGAAUCUGUGUAGUGUGCAUGAGUCUUCAAGUAGAUCAUCUUCUACAGGCAGCACUCCACUCUCCUCUCCUGUAGUUGACUUCUACCUAAGUCCUGGACCCCCCAGCAACUCUCCACUUACUACACCUACCAGAGACUACCCAGGAAGUCCGUGCAUCCCAAAGCCUGGGAUGCACAUGCUUUAUCCCAUCCCUGAAUGGCCAUCAAAUGUUAACCUUCUUCCAUCACCUGGGAUUUGCUCAUCCCUAACCUCGCAGAAACUGGGCAGCCUUCCUUUGAACACCUCGCCUAAUGACCAUCCAGUUAAGACUUUGGUCUCCAAAUCAACUGAUGAAGGAAGCCUUAAUCCUCCAGGAAGCUGUGAGGAGCUAGAAGACUUGUCGUCAGUACCAGGGCAUUUCCCGUACUUCCAGAGCAACUGUGCUUUUUCCAGUCCCUUUUGGAAGGAAGGAAGCUCAGUCAGUGCGUUGCCAGCUAAUAUUAGCAUGCACAGGAAGGACAAAGCACUUGACAGGAGUGUUUGUCAUCCUAAAGACAAAGAAACUUGCCACGAUCAGAAAAGCCUUAACCAGGGCUCCUUCAGCUACAUCUGCGAGAGGCUUGAACACCUGCAAGCUGAUAGCUGUGAUGCCACCAGAAGCCUGCCUGCCUCCAGCGCUCACACGUGGCACAAGAUCUCCCCCGGCAUCCCACGCAGCCUCUUCAGGAGCCAGAAAGCGGAUGGGUGGCCAUUCAUGCUGAGGAUUCCUGAAAAGAAGAACAUGAUGUCGUCUCGGCAAUGGGGCCCUAUUUACCUUAGUGUCCAAGCAGGAGGUGUGCUGCAGUUGUAUUAUGAAAAGGGCCUGGAGAAACCUUUCAGGGAGUUCCAGCUGCAGCCACACUGUAAGCUGUCCGAACCCAAAUUAGAGAGCUAUAAUGUCUCAGGAAAAAUCCAUACCGUGAAGAUCGAGUGCGUGUCUUACACAGAGAAAAGGAGGUAUCAUCCCAAAGUAGAAGUGAUCCAUGAGCCGGAGGUUGAGCAGAUGUUAAAGCUGGGCACCACAGAUUAUAACGACUUCACCGAUUUCCUUGUAACAGUCGAGGAAGAGCUUAUGAAACUGCCUAUCAUUUCUAGACAAAGGAGGAAUUAUGAAGAACAAGAAAUGACACUGGAAAUAGUGGAUAACUUCUGGGGGAAAGUCACUAAGACAGAAGGAAAACUCGUAGAAAGUGCUGUCAUCACACACAUUUACUGCUUGUGUUUUGUGAACGGAAGUGCCGACUGCUUUCUAACCCUGAAUGACCUGGAGCUUCAGAAGAGGGAUGAGCGUUACUUUGAGAAGGAGGAGGAGAAGAAAUGGAUUAAUAUUCUCGACUGCCAUUUCCAUAACUGUGUCAAAGCGCAGGAAUUCGAGCAAUCACGAAUUAUUAAGUUUAUGCCCCUGGAUGCCUGUAGGCUGGAGCUGAUGCGUUUCAGGACAUGGUAUAAUGGGCAAGAACUUCCCUUUUCUGUGAAGGCUGCAGUAGUGGUUCAGGGGGCAUAUGUUGAACUUCAGGCUUUUAUAAACAUGUCUUCAACUGCUCAGAUCCCAACGCGUUUACCCUCUGUGAAAUACUGUGAAAAUGUUAUGAUACACUUUCCCGUUCCCACGCAGUGGGUCAAAGCACUUUGGACCAUGAAUCUCCAAAGGCAGAAGUCCCUAAAAGCAAAAAUGAAUAGGAGAACGUGCCUUGGCGCUUUACACGAGAUUGAAUCUGAUCCCGUAAUACAAGUCUCAGUUGGAACAGCAAAAUACGAGAGUGCCUACCGAGCUGUUGUGUGGAAGAUAGACAGGCUUCCAGAUAAAAACUCAAGUUCAGAUCAUCCACACAGCCUGUCUUACAAACUGGAACUCGGAUCAGACCAGGAAAUCCCGUCUGACUGGUAUCCAUUUGCUACUGUCCAGUUUGUCGUUCAUGAUACCUGUGCCUCAGGAACAGAAGUCAAGUCACUGGGCGUAGAGAGCGAUGUGCAGCCCCAGAAACAUGUGGUUCAGAAAGCUUUUUACAAUUGCCAGGUUGAAAUUGAAAAGAAGUGGAUUAGGCUUGAUGGAGAAGACCCAGAUAAGGCUGGCAACUGCCUAAUGCAGUAAAAACGGAUAGGAGGUACCGUCACAGGAUAUUAGUAGGAAUCAAUUUAUGCAGGAAAUUCUAUUGUUAGAAGAAGCGCAGUGACCUAGUUUAGGAUCAUCACGGUCAUUGGAUUUUUCUUUUUUUUUUUUUUUUUUUUUACUGCUUUUGGGUUUGAUUCUGCAAAUCAGUACUGAUUUGACUGGCCUGUGUUCAAGUAAACUUCCUGUCCUGGGAGUAGUGGCAUGAGCAGGGUCUCCUUGUAAAGAGUUGCAGGAUGUGAGCACUUAAUUGACUGAUUGUAAUGUAUUAUUUUCCUGUUGCAUAUCUGUGACUUGGGAAUGAUCUCAUACUCCAUAUUGAAACCUAAUGGCACUACUGAAAGAGUUCAUGUCACUUGGACAUAAAAUAUUCAGCAAUAAAAACUGCCAGAGUGCUUACGUGCAGACCAGCAUCUGUGUAAGGUCCAGCAGGAGGAAUUUAGUGGUGUGUGAAAACCAAAGUCCCCCAUGUUUCUGCUCCCCUCAAUAUAUGUGAACAGAACAAGCCAUAAUAUUAUUCUCAACAAGAGCCUCAAUUAAUGAGCAGGAAACUGGGUGAUUUCAUCGGUAAAAUGGGAAAAGUUCCUCCGCAAUAAUAUUCUUUAUUUUUCUGUGGCUGUGAGCAUUUCCUCCCCAGCACUUUAUAGGUUUAUUCAAAGUAAUCUCUUGGGCAAGAAACCAUAUGGCAGAUGUGACUGAACUUUCUGUGCCAGCAUUAGACAAACCUUUUUCACUACUGCAGCGAGACAAGGGGCGGAUCCUCAGCAAGCAUAAAUCGGUCCAGGCCCAUUUCAUCUGAUGAAGCUUUGAGAAUUUACACCAGCAGAGGGUUUUCCCCACAAACUGAAGAAAUAGCAGGUUGCUGCCAUUUGCCGUGGGUCUCCUUUAGGAUGCAAGUUCCAGAUACUGGUUUGAAAACCGCAGGAUCUGUUGUUUUGAGUAACUUUUAAGACAGAGAGCAUGUCUUUCCGUGUACACAGAGCGCGCUGUUUUCAUGCUGCUAGCUCUAGAGGUGUUUUCUGUGGGGAAGCAAUGCAGGAAUGGACUAUUGCAAGAGAAGUGAAGCUGUGAUGCUUCAGCAGGCAGCUUGAGCUACUAACCCUGUAUCAAUGUGGUAACUGUGUUUUGAACAAAUUAUUGGCAUCUAGGGAAAAGGUUUAAUGCUUCCCCUCAGCAUUAAACCCCCUUUGUAAUUUUCUGCUGUAAUGGCUGUAAUUCCAGGUCUGAAAAAAUCUGAUAAAUUAAAAAAAUGCUUUCCCCCCCUCCCCUUGCUGCAGUUUUCCUAAAAUUAUCCUUACUUCAAACUGAAAUUAGUGGAGAACAAAAAUAUAGUAAUGCACUAAGUCUCACUUUAUAUUUUGUCUCAGCUUGUAACUGUUUAUAUGAACACUGUGUAGAAAUACAGAUAAAUGUUAUUCCCCAAAAGCAGAAAUAUAUGGGAUAUGCACUGAGAAAAUUACCAGUCUGAGGAAACAGAAGGCCAUAAUAUGAACCUAGUUCAUCACAAUAAACUUUUCCCCCCAUUUGGAAGCCGAGAAUGAAAUGGGUAAUAGAUUCUAUAGUAAGUCCUGAGGGCAGGUUUUUUAUGGGUUUGCAUUGCCAAAGCCCCAAAUAGACUAUUAUGGUUUUUUGGCUUCUCUAUAUAUCCCUUUUUUAUUAGCAGAUUAUAUAAUUAUAAAUCUAAGCAACCUUUUGAGUGUAGUAGUGAUGCAAAUAUGUCUCAGCUGUUGCAUCCUCCAUCCGUGUUUUUGACUUGAGAAACCAUUAGCACCUUCAAGUCAUGUUUGGUUUGGUUUAUUAAUGUUUAAUUUUGUUUUAUAUACUUCUCAGCUGCACUAAGGGGUACAGUGUGUGCUAGGGCAAAGUGUUUUACUUGGCAUCACAGCGGAGCUUGGCAGUUCACUGAAGACCAUGGUUAUACUAGAGCUACAGUAUCUAUUAACCUCCUUGCUCAGUAAAGUAGAGGAAGCAACAUACAUGUUGCAGAUACCUGCACUAACCUUUCUCUGAGGCUGACUUGUUUUGAUUGGCAUUAAUACAGCUAAUUCAAUAAAUCCAAAGCCUGUCUUGUCCAGCUGGCCUCUAUUUUUCCUGUUUUUAAGAAGGAGGGACAGCCAGGCUGUUCUGGGAUUCUUUCACCUUAGGAUCCCCAUUUGCAGCACUCAUCUCCUGGGCGUUCGGUACCUGGUGGUGUUAUGGGUCCUGCAGAAGGAACAGCUGCUUUUCUUGUCGGGUGUCUGCUGUAUCUCAGGAUGUGUUUAAGAAGCCCAUGUAGUGCUGACCCAAGAUAACUCAUGCUAUUAUUUUGAAUGGCCUAAGUGAUGAACAGCCACAUUACAAGUCAUCUUUCCUGCUUGUGAGUCUGUGUUAUAUCUGGUAUGGUGCAAAUGAUCAUUCAGCCUUACUGAACUCGUUAACAUAAAAAGGUCAAGCUACAGCUUUAUCUAUGUUGCAGACUCUUGGAUUUCCAUCUGAGGCUUGCAAGACUUGCCAUUAACUUUAAUCAGAAUCGGAUCAGGAUCACAGGGAAUUCAUUCCACAGAAAUAUUGCCACACUGAAAGAAAGUUACUUUGUUUAAUGCAUGGCUUUCCGUUUAAACCUGACAAUGAGUGCAGCCUAAGGCUGAAUAAUUACCCCAAUGUUUGUAUGCUUUUCUGUCAGAAUAUUUAAAAAUAGUUUCCAGUUUAAUGAAAGAAAAUUUGAGUUGUCUGACACUUUUUUUUUUCCCCAUCGUUUUCUAACUUCCUAUUCUACUGCGACAUGCCAAAGCCAAAACACCCUGGCUUCUGCUUUCUAAUAUUUCUUCUGUGUUGUCUGAUGUCCUUUGAGGAUAACCUACCGAGUAAAUAUUUUCAAUGUCUAAGACUCAUUUGCUAACAUUUUUCUAUGAAGGUUACAGCAAGUGAUAGCGAGUAAGCAUACUGGUUUUGAUUCUUUAGAAACCUGGGCUUUAAGUAGUCAAACUAUAUUUUGGGAGGGGAAGGGAGACGAGGAACAGUUGCUAUAAGCUGUUGUGAUGCUCAGAGUCCAGCUAGCAGAAGGAUUUGAGCUUUAAAUAACCCAUGAGGUGCAUUGGCAUCAUGCAAGGAACCAGGCUUCACACAUAUUUGAUCUCUGCUUGCCCACAGCUAGCGCCUGCAGUCACUGAAAUGCUUCCAACUGUUUGGGUCACUUAAGAUGCUGACACUUUGCUAACAUUUACUACAGGGCAGCAUUGAGAUAUUGUCUGUGUUUCCUUCACAACGGACCAGCAGGGUUUGGGAUAUUUUAUAUUUUAAACAGAAAUCAAUGAGAACAGCUAUUUUUAUAGUGUGUUUGCCUUAUGUACAAAGUGUCGUAUUUGCUGAAACUGACAAACCUUAUCUUUGCAUUCAUCUUUCUCAUACUAAUUGUAUUACUGUAGGUAAAUGGUACUUGAUGUAAUUUUGGAUUCAAACACCCAUUGAAGUCAAUGGAAGUCUUUUAACUGACAAAAUGGGAUCUGCAUCAAAGUCCCUAAGAUUAAAGGAGAGGCAAAAAAAAAAAAAAAAGAAGAAAGGAAUAGUGGUAAUGGGCAGGAAAAAAAUACCACUAUAGAAGAUUCUUUAUGCUAGUAAGUAAGCAAACUGCAAUGCUUGCUUAUUCCAACCAGAAAAGAGCACAAAUGAAGGGAAAAGAGGUGUUAUCGGGUAUCAAAGGUGAAGCUUUGCAGUGAUUGGGAAAAAUGGUCCGGCUGCCCCUGUGUAGCAGCUCUUGAGAACUGAGGAUGAUGGUGCACUCCAUUGAAAAUAACGCCAAGCGGCUCUCACCCUUAUGCUCCUUGCUUUUUUUUUUUUCCUCCAGAUUCUGUAUUAAUUGUCCAAAGGUACUUUACAUCUGAAAAUGUGUUUUCACAUGUUGCUUUUAGUUGCAUUUAUUUUACUUGAUGGACUUCUUAGCCAUAGUGACUAACUGCUGCAGUUAGUAGUUCUUAGCUAUAAUUUUGAUAACUCUAAAGCAGUGUUGUUAUUCUCAAUGGAAAAUAUAAUUCUGUUUGGGUCUUUUGUCAGUAUAAGUAUAAACAGAUCAUGCUGAUAAUCUUGUAAGAACAUUUUGUAGAUUGCGUAUUGAUUAAAAAAAUAAAGUUGUAUUUCAAACUACCA